AGCGGUUUAAAUUAACGUUGCCGAGAUUUGCCAAUUUCCACGUUACUCAUUAUACAACUCGGCCACUGUUUUAUGUACCAUAUACGUACAGGUUAAUUCAUUUGCACCUUAUAGCUAGUUUAGUAGGCUACUUCUCUUUAAUGCACAGAAACCAGUACAAUAUAGGCUAGUCCCGAGUAGCCUAAUUCCUUAUGUCUUAUCGCAAUCGGAUCUUUAUUGCCAAAUUUUAGUUUAAAAUAGUUUAGUUUCAUUUUCGUGAUGAUGUCGGUAUUAUACACACAUCCAAAGCGUCGUUGCCCCAGUAACAGGCGGGGGGGAACAGUAGGUAACUACGAAAAGACAUUUGUUUAAAUUCUAAACAAAAGUUACGGAUAGGCUAGUUCCGUCCAGUAAACCUACGGCAAUGAAAUGCAAGCGAGCAAGUCUUUAAAAAUAGGUGCUAGUCUCAUUCGGUAUGGCCUUUGUCACUGGGGAAUUCAAAUGCUUAGUAAAGUUUUAAAGUACAGUAAAAAAAAAAAAAGACAUGCGAAAAGUUCAUUACGCCUCCGCGGUAUCGAAAUCAUCUUAAAGAAAUGAGACUCGGUCGCUCCGAGGGAGUCGCAUAUCUGCAGUGGGCUAUAUGAAAUCGUCACAUACGCAAUCAUACACAGCAAGCCUACACUGGAUAAUUAAACUUCGACGGGGGAGCCAAGAAAGGAGCACCAGCCUCGUACGGGGGUUUGAGACCCAGUCCCCGACUGCGGCAGACUCCAUCGCCAUGCAAACCGCGAUUACCACCGUUCUACCGGCGCUGUUGCUGAUUGGCUGUCUGGUCAGCUGUCACGGGGGCAACAUUGGCUGUGCAAUCUGGCUUCCGCACGGAGAGGCCGAGGUACGCUGUCAGAAGUGCCGCGCAGGAAACCGCAUGGUCGAUGAGCACGGUCCGGACCCAAGGAAGCUGUGUGUCCCCUGUGAAGCCGGAAACUACAUCACCGAGCCUGCAAAGUACACCUGUGCCAGGUGUACAAAGUGCACAGCUCCACAGGUGGAGAAGCAGCCGUGCACCAGCAGCAGGGAUGCGGUCUGCGGGUGUCAGGAGGGGUUCUUCUGCGCCGAUGCCACGUGCUCACGCUGCACCACGCUGUGUGGCCCGGGAACGGGCCUGACUGACAACCGUGCAGCGACCUGCCAGGUCUGUCCAAAUGGAACGUUCAACGACGGAAAACAACAGAAAUGCACUCCCUGGAGAACCAGCUGCCCUCCAGGAUACCGGAUCGCAACCAAAGGCACCGGUGUCAGCGACAUCACCUGCAAAGAAAGCAAUGAAAUCAAUGAAAACAAGGAAAACAAGGAAAACAAGGAAAACAAUGGAAUCAUCACACUAGACGUCCAAGGUCCCAACAAAGGAGCAGAUCUCCCUGCAGGAGCAGACGUAAACGUGAUCGCGGUGAUCGGCUGCUUAAGCCUGAUCACCAUCUCCGCCAUCGCCCUGGUGAUCAUGGCGGCCUGCAGGGCCCGGCGGAGAGGGCAGGAGAAGAAGACGCCACGCGAGGAACAGCCGACAGAGAAACCUAACUCAGACGGCGCACGGUGGGAGGAGCAGCAGGUGGACUGCAGUCUGUGCCAUCCCCAGCAGGAGGAAGGAGGGAGCCUGAGCUCAGACUCCUCCCAGGGGUCCAAGGACAAACUGCUCCCAGUGUGAGGCAAGGGUGGAGUGGGACGUCCUCACAAGGACAAGGUCCUCACAAGGAAAAGGUCCUCACAAGGAAAAGGUCCACACAACUUGUCCUGCGCCCUCCAUUUUGGCGAAUCCCAAAUGUAACGACAGACUCUGUAAAGACUCUUUUAUUUGUGUAAAAUAUGCCUUAUUUUCUUUCCUUUUUGUCUAUCAUUUUUUUACAUUGCUGCUCUGGGACCUGGAUGAGUGCAGUUUACUCACUGGAUUAAACACGGAACAGCACAUUCCAACAUUGUAUACCUCAUGUCCAUUUCUUUCAAAUAACCUACUGUAUGUUUGUAAAUUAAAUGCAUAAACUUGAACUUGUA